UUAUGCCACUCGUUGUUUCCUCUCUACGAUUCCGAUCAAAUUAGGGUUUUUUUUUGCCGUUCGACUUCAGAUAUAUCCUGUCGAUAAUGUUUGUAGUAAGAAAACAUUCUCUGCAACCCAAAUCCAAAAGACGGAAGAGGUCGUCGUUGUCUUGCUUCGAUGAUUUCGUCAAGAGAUUACAAAACCACGCUACGAGGUUUAAAAAGCGUCUUACUACGCUGCGAGACAAAACAAGAAACAAACUCGCAUGUCUCAACGAUGAGAAGAAGAAGAAGAAGAAACUUCACCUAGUCCUUGACUUGGAUCACACGCUAAUCCACACGGUUCUUGUUUCGGAUCUUUCUGAACGCGAGAAGUAUCUACUCGAAGAAGCUGAUUCAAGGCAAGAUCUAUGGAGAUGCAACAUUGACAGUCCCUACGAAUUUAUCAUAAAGCUACGACCUUUUCUUCAUGAAUUUCUCUUAGAAGCUAACAAGCUAUUCACAAUGCACGUUUACACAAUGGGUAAUUCCUGUUACGCUCAGGAUGUGUUGAAGUUGAUCGAUCCGGAUAAAGUAUACUUUGGAAAUCGAGUAAUAACCAGAGAAGCAAGUCCUUGUAAUAAGACACUUGAUCUUCUUGUGGCUGAUACACGUAGAGUGGUAAUUGUGGAUGAUACGAUUUCUGUUUGGCCUCAUCACAAGAGAAACUUGUUGCAGAUCACCAAAUACAUUUAUUUUAAAGUCGAUGGUACCAAGUGGAAUUCGUACGCAGAAGCGAAGAAAGACGAGAGUCGAAGCAAAGGAUCAUUGGCGAAUGUUCUGAAGUUCCUUGAAGAUGUUCACAAAAGAUUUGAAGAGAAGUUGGAUUCUAAAGAUUUGAGGCUAUUGAUACCUUAUCCUUGUAGACAAUGCUGCUUCUGACUGUCAGUAAGCAGAUUUGAUCGAGAGUGUUGCACUCUUAAAGCUAUUUAGAGAAUAGAAUGUUUCUAGUUUU